AUGGAUCUGGACCGUUGGAUCUUGUUCGUGGAGAUCUGUGUUGGUCCGGCGCGUGGUCUUCGGUUACGGUUUGAUAAAUUUCGAACCAUGGGCCUUGGGCUAGUUUUAUUUUUGUGUGCUAAAUUUAUGAUUUGGUGUCCACUAAAUGUUUAG